AUGAGUACCAUGAAAUUUUGCCGCGAAUGCAACAAUAUCCUGUACCCAAAAGAGGACAAGGACCAGAAGAUCCUCCUCUAUGCGUGCCGCAACUGCGAUCACCAGGAGGUUGCUGACAACAACUGUGUCUACAGAAAUGAGAUACACCAUGCUGUUGGGGAACGCACUCAAAUAUUGCAAGAUGUAGCUGCAGAUCCAACUCUCCCUCGAACCAAAGCGGUGCGGUGUUCAGAGUGCAAGCAUGGAGAAGCUGUCUUCUUUCAGGCAACUGCUAGAGGAGAGGAGGGUAUGACAUUGUUCUUUGUUUGCUGCAACCCCAGCUGUGGCCAUAGGUGGAGAGACUAA